UUUAGAACUCGUAUAGUUGUCCGACUAAAUAAUUCAAUAACUCGCCGGAAUUCUUGUUAACAAUACCAAAAUUACGCAUACAAUUUACAACCAAUGGAUCGCGCAGCAAAAAAGGAAUUACUUCGGAGAAAACAACUAGCAAAAUUUCGUUUCAAGACUUUAUGUAGAAAGGUAAUUGUAAAUGCCUACUGGCUAAGUGCGAUUGAAGACGUAACAUUGGGUAGUAAUCCACGACGGAAUAUCAACAUCAUUGUUCGACGUUCUGGUAGGAAAGGCAUUUUAACUUUGAGAGAAAAAUCGAUUUUCAAUAAACCGAAUCAGGAUAGGACGACGGCAGAGAAAGAGCAGUUAACUGCAGUUAUACAUUCGUUGAAAUGCUUUGAAACGAUUCCAGAGACUUUCCGAGGUCAUUUGAUGGAAAUCUGCCACUUCUUAUACUGCAAUGCCGGAAGAGUUAUACUACGCGAGGGACAUCAUCCGUCGGCAUUGUAUUUUAUUCUUGACGGUGAAGUCAAUGUCAGCAAGAAAGUUUACUCCGCAGACGAAGGAAGAGUCGCUGACAAUGUUCUGUAUGCCCUUGUGCCUGGAGAUCGUUUUGGAUUAGAUGGAGUGAUUUUAGGAAACCGAAGGAGUGUAACAUGUAGCGCUGCAAUUCCCACAGAACUUCUGUACAUUUACGAACAAGACUUGACUGACGAACUAAGAAAAUCUUUGAAUAUUCAGUGCGAACACAUCCGAACAUCAUUGAAUCGCUUUGAUUAUUUCUUCGGUCACUUCACAGACCAGCAGAUAUUGGAAUGUUGUACAUUUUCAAAGAUACGAGAAUAUGGAGUGGACGCCAGUGUAUACGAUGAUGAUGAGAAGAAACAGGCCACAACGUUUUUCUUACUGAGCGGACAGUGUUACAUGCUGCAAUAUCUGAAGAUAAAAUCUAAGACCACCGUUGGCAGUAGAAAAACCUUCGUCCUAAUUGAUGAGACAGUAAGUGACGUUGAUGAUGGAAAUGAAAGGCAAUAUGUGAAAACGGAUUCAGUAAAUGAACCUCAACCACAAAAACUACACAAUUCCUCAACUAAAGAACACGAUGAGACGGUCGAAAAGAUUUUCAUGGAAAUCGCAACUUUAAGCGCUGGCUCAAUAUUCGGUUUAGGUGAAGUAAUUGCGGAUCGAGCGAUAGUCGCAAGAAAUGUAGUCCAAUGUCUGGAAAUUCCACGUUUUUGGUUACUACAACGAUCUCAGAAUGUUGGAAACGUUUGGCAAAGAACUCGAAUAUUUUACAAUGCAACGAUUCCGUCACGCCAACUGAUAUUUGAUGACUUUGUGCGAUCGUUUAAAUGGAGUCAGUACAGAGAGACAACCACUAGGCAACUGCUUCAAUUGAAAUCAAAGCUGUGAAGUCAGAU